AUGGCAGCACUUGGACCCAUGGCGCUAGUAGAUUAUCUGGAUAAAUACGUCACAUCAUGUGAGAAUAGACAGAUUUCUCCCGUCAUGGCAGUCAAGAAAACGGUCGAACGCGCUAUAGACUCGGGAGAGAUGCCAGAUAUAAUGAAACUAAAUGGUACAAUUACAGAAUUACGGUACCACAGAAUCGAUGAUGGUAUGCUCGAGACAAUAUUUCUUCCAAUGGUCGGACUUUCAUUGGUUCGCCAUAUUGAUCUCAGUUAUAAUGAAAUUGGAAAUCGAGGAGCUUUUGCAAUUGCCAAAGUUCUCAAGGACGAUAAUGCCAUGGAAACGCUGAUUUUGAAAUCCAACAAUAUUGGAUCGGAAGGGGUGAUUGCAAUUACCAAAUCUCUUGCUUACAAUGAAAAGCUAAUUCAUUUGGAUUUAUCCGAAAAUAACAUUGGCGAUGAUGGUGGAAUGGCUAUGGCAUCACUUCUUCAGAUCAAUGUAAAUAUAUCUACAGUCAAUCUAUCGGGCUGUUCACUAGGCGCUACAUCAUUAAUAGCUUUUGCAACCAUAUUUCAGUCUAAUAACUAUGUAUCGAAUCUGGAUUUAUCCAAUAACCUUUCUAGUGCUAGCAAUCGAUCACAGACUCUUGUCAAUGAUGUCAUGAUGCAUUUUUCAAAAACCAUACAAUUAAACUACGCUAUUACCCAUUUGAAUUUCUCCAAAAUGGGUAUCACAGACUGGAACAUGUGUGAUCUGUUGGCAAGCGCAUUGAAAGCCAACAAAAACAUCGAGACGUUGAAUUUGAGUUGGUACUUAUAA